AUGCCUGGAACUACUCUUCCCCCUUUCCCAGAUGAUGUUCGAAUACAUCCGCUCUUGAUUAUUGAUUAUGACCUUAUCAAGGCUGGAGACAUGGAGGAAGUCGAUCGAUUGUGGGAGGCUGCGACGACUCUUGGAUUCUGGUAUUUAAAGAACCAUGGCGCAGAUCAAGAAGUCGAUGACAUGUUUGAUAUGGGAGCCGAAACAUUGGCCUUGCCCCUCGGAGAACGUAUGAAAUUCGAGCAAGGAGAUAACGGACAAUCUUUCGGAUACAAGAAAGCAGGGGCUCAGGCGAUUGAUGGAACGGGCAAAUACGUGGACAAUAUCGAAUUCAUAAACGUCUCGAAAGAUGAUGCACUCGCCUAUCCACGGGUCGUUCACCUGACCUAUCCAUCGACCGUAAAUGCUCGCAUGGAAAACACGAUUGCACCAUUUGUCCGCAAGUCUCUUGAUGUGACAUAUGUUAUGUUGAAUAUAUUCAAUGAUAAGCUUGGACUGCCGGAAGGGACUUUGGAGAGCCUACAUGCCAUGGAGGAACAAAGUGCUUGCGAGGCCAGAUGCACUCGCAGCCCUCCUACGCAUGCUAAGGAAGCGAUGGACAGGGCUAUGCUAGCUGCCCAUACUGAUUUCGGAAGUCUGACCUUUUUGCACAAUCGGCUUGGUGGUCUCCAAGUAAUGCCCCCUGGUCACGACGAGUGGUCCUACCUUCGACCCAUCCCUGGACAUGCAAUUUGCAAUAUUGCGGAUGCACUGUCUCUUUUCAGCGGAGGCAUCCUGCAAUCCAACAUCCACCGCGUCGUUCCACCUCCCGGUGCACAGGCUGAAUACGAGCGGUGGUCCCUAGUUUUCUUUACCCGUCCGACGAGCUCGAAAGUCCUUCGGGCUCUUGUUGAAUGCAGUCCUAUUAUCGCAGAGGCUGUGAAGAAGCAACCUGACAAAAACUUUGAGAGUGGUUCCACUGCUGCCGAGUGGCUCGCGAGAAGAGUUAGGAAUCAGAGAAUUAAUAACAGAAGGGGACCAGAGACGUGGGCUGCGAGUCGUGGCACCGAGCACACUCCAACUGCAGCCUAA